AUUAUAAGGGGAUAAUUGAUUUCCCGUUAGAUGUCUAUUAAUUAAAUAAAUUAAUAAGAAGACAUGACCGUUCAUUUGUGUCUCUUCUUUCAUAAACAAAUGACACGUUGUUUAGUCAUGACCAUUCUCUUAUGUCCCCAUAACACUAUAAAUAACACCAAAUCAACUCUAUGGGAAACACUAAUCAAUCCAUCACUAAAUUAGAUAUCAUAACAGGAAUCAUGGCUUCGUCUUCAAACAAGAUAAGAUUUCCUUCGAUCAGGUAAGUAAUCUUACAUCAUAUACUUGUUGAAUUUAUUGUGUUUGAUUUGAUUAGAGAAGAUUACCGGAAACGUUAAUUCGUUAAGAUUAUUCAACAUGUGGUAUCAGAGUCAUUUCUCUUAAUCAAUUCAAAGCAAUUUAGAGUUAAGAUUCUGCGUUACCAAUAUGAUGACGAAACGAAAUUAGGAUUCCGUAGGAUUUUAAUGGAUUGUUAGAAUUCAGCUGUCCUCAACUUGGAUUGUGAUGGAAUCCGUCAAAAUCCGGGUGUCCUCAAAAUGUCCAUGGAUUUUUUAACUCUUGGAUUUCCAUGGAUUUUAAGGCCAGAAUGCAAAGGGGAGAAUACAUCCCAAAAUCUGACCAUUACCUCCCGGAUUUCGAUGGAUUUGCAAACACGAAGGAACGGAUGAGGUCUGCAUCACCACCACCUGGUCGAUUUUGUCCGUCUGGGUCGUUUGCUUCUUCUCCAGUGUUCACUGUUCGUGGUAUGCGGGUUUCCCCGGUGUUAUCCUUCCGGCUUUGGACUUGGUCUGGAAGAAGGUUUUCUAUUUUUGUUGGUGUUGCGGAUCUGAUUCUUUCCGGCGAUAGGCGCACGCUUAACAGGUUUUCCGGCUGAUGUUUUGAACUCCUUCUCCAGCAAGGUGGGCUGGCCGUAAGAGGGGAGUAUGGUUUCCGAAUGUACUGCUUUCGUUUGGUUCUGGAGACUUUGGGCUACAGUUUCGUAAGGAGGGUUGGAAAAAUCACCCAAAAUACUUUAAAUUCCAUUCCAUGAAAUUCCAGUACAAUACCAUAGAUUCUACGGAAUUCCAUUCAACUCCACUAAAAUCUCAAUCAUUUAAAAUCUUUUAAAAUCCUAAACGAGGACACCCCCUUAAUGACCAAUUUGGACUUGAAACUCAUCUGUAAAAUUGGAGAUGAAUCAUUAAUUUUCGUCCUAAGGCUGAGUCUCCGUAAGUCCUAACCCUCCGAUCCUCCGUCUGAGUUUCUAAUUAUGAUUAAAGGAAGGAGAUGAGAGUGUUGAAGUCAGUUUAGGAGACGGAUAGUAGCGCUG